AUGAUUAAACACGAGCAAUUUCGAGAUACUGAUCAAUUAAAAGCAGUUGUGCCGGGUACAUCAACUGUCUUUGCUUCAUUACGAUCACAUAUGUUUCCAACAACAACAUAUACUAUACCGCAACAAACUAUCGAUCCCCACGCAAUUGAUAUAUCAUCAAUUAAAGGACGAUUUGCAUGGGAAAAGAUAGGACUUGGCGACACCUAUAUGCCAGUUAUUUUUCGUGGUACCAUAAAAUACUUUUGUGUUAAAAUGCUUCAUAAACUAUUACCGGAAUACCCCGAAGACUUUAUUCAUCGUUCAUCUUCUUAUCAAUAUCGAAAACCAAUUGAUCUCUAUGCACCAACUUCAAAUGAAUUAAAACUAUUGAAUAGAAUAAAUGCUCAUCAUUCACAUUGGGCAUAUACACGACAACCAUUUAAUGCUGCAGAUGAGUUAGUGCGUGCUUCGGACUUUCUUCUAUUGUAUGAUCAUCUUCGAGGCGCUUGCAAACCAGGACAAAUUCCACGAGCAGGAUCACUAGGUUCACUGCGGCAAAUUUUACCACAACCACAACAUCCUAUUGAGCAGUCAUCAACUUUUCUUACGAAUGGAUCAAAUGCCGCUCGUAAGCAUUCACAUGUACCAGUUACGUCAACGCCUAUUCAAAUACCAUCAUGUUCCACAUCAGAGCUAUUUCGUCAGAACGAUACUUCAUCAAUUCCACGAUCAGUAAUAGCACCAGCCCCAGGACCAGUGCCAGCACCAUCAUUAGCAUUAGCACCAGUACCAACUGUAUCACAUUCUUUACGGCCACCAUCAAAAUAUCAAGCAAAACUAGCGAUGUUAUCUCAGCAAACAUCACAUUAUCUUCCAGAACAAUUACCGCAACAGCUACCACCACCACCACCUAUGCAACAACUAAUAGCAACAGUCUCAAAUAGUAUUACUAGUUCAACAAAUACAGUACUUCCAAGUAAACCAAGUCCUGUUCAAGUCUCAAUUUCUACAUCUCAGUCACCGACACUGAUGCCAAAAAUAGCAGCGGUCCUUUCUUCGCCUCCAGAUUCUGUUGUUUCCUCGUCCACAAAGACAACUAGUGGUAAACGAUCAGCAACUGUACCACAAAUCCAAUUAGCACCGAUGCUUAAACAAUCAUCAUCAGCAUCACUAUCAUCCGUCACAGCAACAACAUCACCUUCAACAACAAAAGCAACUAAUAUUAAUUCUGGUUGGUUACAAAUAAAUAAACUAUACACACCAUAUGUAUCAUUAAAUACAUCAAAUCAUCAUUUAUAUAAAAUACCUGUUAGUCUUUUAACAUUUUAUGAUCUUCUUAAAUUUCCAACAUCUGAAAAUAAUGCAACGGAAUCAAAAGAUACAUCGUUCUCACUUGAACAAACAUUAGUUACACCACAAGAAAUUGAACUUAUUAAUGAACUAUGCAUAAAACAAAAUAUAAAACCAUUUUCUAUUGAUACAAAACUUAUUGAUCUAUUAACUUUUUAUAAAUAUUGUUCAGCGAAUAUUCUUUUCGUUAAAGAAUUACCACUAGAAGAACCAAAAGCAGCUAUUUGUAAAGAUUGGUCAUCAAUUGUACAAAUUAACGGUGGAAUUUGUCGUUUACGUAAUAUAACAACAUUACAUGAACAAACAGUACCAUUUAUUGGAAAUAAAUUAUUAAAAAAUUUUAUUAUAUCAUUACAAUGUUCAGCAUCAGCAUCAUUAACAACACCGACAACUAUGGAAAUGGAAUUUCUUCAAUUAAUUUUAUUUUUUAGUAAUAUGUCAAUUAAUAUCCGUAAUGCCAAAUUAAUUGAUAUUGAAUCUGUACAAAAAGAAUACAAUGUUGAUUUAAUACUUUUAUUUAAUGAUAAAUUUCCAUUAAAUGUGCUCAACUAUCAACAUCAAGAUAAUCGACCGUCUACUUCACAAGAACAAAUUGCUUCAUCAAAUUCUUCAGCCGCAACAAAUACAUUUGCUGAAUCGACACCACCUCCAUCACCGCCUUCACCACCAAUCAAUAAUAAUACUGUUCAUUCAACAUCUCAAUUACCAUUGACAUCUUGCUCUCCCUCCUCCUCCUCCACCGUCUCUGCCACUUUCUCCACCACAUCUAAUUCAUCAAAUCGUUUCCUUAAAACAAUUACAUUUCAUGGUCAUCCAAUGACAGCAUAUAUUUGUUCCGGUCUUGGAUCAAAUGCUCAACGUGAAUGUAUUUCCGUGAAAGCACUUUGUAAUAUGAUGUAUCCCAAUUCAUCAAUAGUGGAUAAACUUGAAUCAAAAAUGCUUCGAUUAUUACGAGUGAAAAAUAUUAAUCGAUUUCGACCACAAAAUCAACAAGCAAUGGGUUUUACACGUUUAAUUGACAUUCAAGAUAUUGAAAAACAUUGGGAUUAUAUUGAACAAGGCAUGCGUUCAUUAGUUCAUAAUGAUAGAGAAGCAAUUGUUUUGCAAGAUAUUUCUUUAUCAAUAUUAGAUAAAGAUUUGAAGGCAAGUACAUUAGAUAAAGUAAAAGAUAACAGUAAUAUAGUUGAACAAGUAACUUCGGUUGAAGUUAAUAAAAGUGAAAAAAGAUCACUAGAGAAACAAUUGGGACCGGAAGAUGUAUCUCUCUCGAAAAGCGUUGAUAAACGUGUACGAAUUUCAAGAGAUGAUAUUAAUGAACAAUCAAAAAUGGAACAAUCACAAGCGGUUAAAACAAUCAAUCAUAAUUGUAAUCAUUUGGAUGAUAAUCAUAAAAAUGGAAACAAGAGCGAUGAUGGCGACGAUGAUGGUGAUGAUGAUAAUGAUAAGAAGAAUCAACGAAUUUCAAGACCACCUGUAAGAAUAGUGCGUCCGCACAGUGAGAAGAAUAAUAUAACAAAUAAACUUCAACAGCAAGUUAAUCGAAGAACGAGUUUAUCAUCACAGAAAGCAACAUUACCAAUGAAAAAGAAGAUAAAAAUUAGAAAACGGCUAACACCACGUAUACGAUCAACGAAACAAACACUUGCAACAUGGGUUCAAAAAUAUAACAUUGAAGAAUGUUGCAUUUGUUUAGAUUUCUAUGAUCCUAUUUAUGAUACUGGAAAACAUUAA